ACCCAAAGGUUCACAAGUUUGCGCUCAGCCUUCCUCCUCUCCCCGCCCAAUGGUUGGUCGGAGGCGCUAUUUAAGAAGGAGUCAGUUGAAGGUGGCUCAGAUGACAGCGCCGUGCGCAACCACGCAAGUACGCUCCGGAUUUACGCGCUGCUGCUGAGGGUGACACACACACACACACACAGGUUUCUGCAAAGACUCGUUCUUCAAAAGGAAAAGGCUGGGAAAGAAAUGAGAGCGUGGCAGCUUGGCUUCUUGUUCGUCGUGGUGUCAAACGCAGCUGUGCAGCAUGUGAUGUCCUUGGAAGGAGAGGAGCUCGCAGAUUCCACGUUUGGUAACUUUCUUGACCCUCUGAAAGACUUGUUUGAACCUGAGGAUGACAAAAACUCGACAAUUGCCAGAUUCUCCCUCCGUAAACCCUCCCACCCCGACGAUGACCUCUGCUUCAUCAUUCCUGGCCAACCGGAGUCCCUGACGGCCUGCACCUUCAACAGAACUUCCAAGACCUUCCUUUUGAUCCACGGAUGGACACUGAGUGGAAUGUAUGGAAGCUGGAUGCCGAAGCUGGUCUCCGCUCUGUUUGAGAAAGAGCAGAGCGCCAACGUCAUCGUGGUGGACUGGCUCAGCUUGGCUCAGAACCACUACGCCGUGGCGGCACAGAACACCAAAGCGGUGGGACAGGAGAUCGCUCGAUUCAUCGACUGGAUCGAGGAAACCACCAACAUUCCUUUAGACAACAUCCACCUGAUCGGCUACAGCCUCGGCGCUCACGUGGCCGGAUUUGCCGGCAGCCAUGCUGCCAAUAAAGUUGGGAGAAUAACCGGGCUCGAUCCAGCCGGACCCGACUUUGAGGGCGAACACGCUCACAGGCGGCUGUCUCCGGACGACGCUCACUUUGUGGAUGUCCUCCACACUUUCACACGAGGUUCUCUGGGGUUCAGCAUCGGGAUCCAGCAGCCUGUCGGCCAUGUGGACAUUUACCCAAAUGGCGGCCACUUCCAGCCGGGCUGCAACCUCAGGGGGGCUCUGGAGAAAAUAGCUAACUUUGGGAUUCUUGCCGUCACCGAUGCGGUGAAGUGUGAACACGAGCGCUCCAUCCAUCUGUUCAUCGACUCCCUUCUGAACGAGCAGGACGCCGUCACGGCCUACAGGUGCGGCAGCAGCGACACCUUCGACCGCGGCAUGUGUCUCAACUGCCGCAAGAACCGGUGCAACACGGUGGGCUACGGGGUCAGCAAGGUCCGCAGGGCGCGAAGCGUGCAGAUGUACACCAAGACACGGAGCUCCAUGCCUUUCAGAGUUUAUCAUUACCAGCUGAAGAUCCACUUCUCCAGUAAGGUGAAUACUUCCGAUGUGCAGCCUUCUCUGUCCGUGUCGCUGUAUGGAACCAAAGGAGAUGCUGAGGACCUGGAGCUGAGGCUAGAGGAGAGACUGCUGACAAACAAGACUCACUCCUUUCUGCUGGUGACAGAAAAAGACAUCGGCGACCUGCUGAUGCUGAAGUUUAAGUGGGAGGAGCCAAGCACCUGGACUGCUUCCAGCCUACUGAAGAUGGUUUCUUCGUGGUGGUCCGGGGACUCAAACGGUGGCAUGGAGGUCCACAAAAUUCGAAUCCGAGCCGGCGAGACGCAGAAAAGGAUGGUGUUCUGUGUAAAAGAGCCUCAGGGUUUUUCUCAGGAGGUCACCUUUGUCAAAUGUAAAGACGCCUGGAGGAUGAACCGGAAAAAAACGGAGAGAGGAACCGUGGAGAUCCGCUCACCGUGAAGAAACACCAAUUUUCUAACCACUUCAGCACUUAGCAGAUGAUUUAUGCACAACUGAAGCACUUGUAAAACUUCUAUGACAUAUUAAACCUUUGCCUCCUUGUACAUGUCUACAGAAAUAUCUAUUUUAUUUAAAAAAAUUUGUGAAUACUGUACAAUAUUUAAAGCGUUUUUAAUGUCCCAUUGCUGGUGCUAUACUGACACCAAACAUCCGAUUUAUGUCUAAACAUAGAUGAAAUAAAGUCGGGCCACAAAUGUGUGUAUUAUUUUUUAAAGAUGUUUGAAACAGAACAAUCCUAAUACGAUGCUUCCUUCCUGCUCCUGAAGUGCAGAUUUCAUGUAUUGACUCAGACAUGAGGAGCUGUAGUUUAUCUGGGAAAGCUCAGAUGCUUCUUCUGAUGAGUUGUGUCCAGGAGGUACAAAACAAACGGAAAGUGUUCUUUUAGAAGCAUCAGGAGUAGCUGUUCUGCUAGUUCCCCUCAAAAUCCAGAGAGGAUGUUGUGAUGCUUUAAGACCAAAGGUACCAUCAAUUUACCUGCACAGUCGCCACUGAAGCCCCCAUUGUGUUUGCACCUCCAUCCUCGUGCCUUAAAAGCUGCUCUGCCUUCACUCUGGCUUUCCCCUCUGUGGGACCUAAAACUAUUUACUGUGUGAGUGAGGUGGAGUGUUCAUGUCAGUCAUUUUUGGUCAAUGAAUACAUUUCCAGCUCUUUGGGUGGCGUGCAAACCUCACCUCUUCAGACAUCACUAUUGUUAUUGUGACUUUUCAAAAAGGGAAUGUUUAACUUUGUUGCACUGAAAGCAGAGAAAGAAACUGAUAAUGGUGGUGCCUGUACUGUUUAUGUAAAUAAAACUACCGAUAAUAAGAGGGCGUGGCUAAACAUUUUAAUUUUAAACAUUGUAAAAGUUUAUUUCUGCAUUUGUACAUACUUGUAAAUAAGUCUGUGUGGUCAUUUCUGUAAUAAACCUCUGACAUCUGA